CAAAAUCAUAGCGAACCGAAUAAGCGCCCGGAAUGAACAUCGUGUACAACGGAAAUCGAAUCUAAUUUUAGCGGUACUUUUUGUUUUUUCUCCCAUUUUCUUUGUUGACAAACAGACCUGCCGGCAUCCAUUCGAAAUCCUUUUCCCAAGUCCCCACGUUCACCGCUUUGAACAUCCCACAAACUCUUCCUUAUAUAUAGAGAGAGGGACACACCUGGGCAGGCUCCAGAAAGGAGUAUACCCCAAGAAAAGCUUCAAACCUCAAAACCUUCUCCCCCUUCAUCUCUCUAUCAUAGCAUCUUCACAUCCUUUCCAACUUCCCUAGUCCUUAAAUCCCCGAUCAAAUAAUCAAUCUUUAAAUCUCUGGAGGAGAAAUUGAAUUUAACUAACAAUUAAACAUGUCUGCAAUUGUUUGCCGCAAGAGAUCCUUUUUCGAAGAUACACAGUCACCGUCACUGAUUUCAGCGUCUCCGCCGGUUUCAAAGAAGCUUCGUUGUUCUUCGUUCACCACCUGUCCAGUUCACUUUUCUCUCUUCGAUCAGCUGAGAGCUUUAUUUCCUGAUAUGAAUAGUCAGCUACUUAAGAAAGCAUUGGAAGAAUCUGGCAAUGACCUGGAUGCUGCUAUUAGGAUCCUGCAUGAGCUAUGCCUUGGAUAUUCAGAUGAAAACUCAGAUACAAAAGCUAAUGAAGAGAUGGAAAUUGGUAUGAAGCCCACCAAUGUGCCGGCUGCUCAGUUGGAAGAUCCUUCAGCUGAAAGCAAUUUUCCUGCUGCUGGUACAGAAUGGGUGGAGAGUUUUGUGAGGGAAAUGAUGACCGCCACAAGCAUAGAUGAUGCCAGGGCUCGAGCUACUAGACUGUUAGAUAGCUUAGAAAAAUUCAUAAGCUCACGCGUAGGUGCAGAGGCAGCUCAAAAUGUUCACAAGGAAAAUAUUAUGUUGAAACAGCAAGUAGAAGUGCUUCUUCGAGAUAAUGCCAUUCUCAAGAGGGCAGUGGCCAUUCAACAUGAACGCCAGAAAGAGAGUGAUGAAAGGAACCAGGAAGUGCUGCAAUUAAAGCAGCUGAUUGCUCAGGGUAAAGAGCAAUUGCGAACUCUUGAGGUCAACAAUUAUGCUUUAAAAAUGCAUUUGCGGCAAGCUCAGCAAAGCAACUCUUUUCCUGGAUUCAAUCCAGAUGUGUUCUAGUGUGCCAAAUGUUCAAAGAAAGAGAUGGUGGAGCCUAGUAAAAGAGCAUGCCGGAAGGAGCUUGUGACCCUGAGAUCAGUUGUUUUACUGAACAUAUAAUUAUAUCUGUUGUCAAACCUGAGAGUUUAAGGUUUCUAGGGACAUCCAACUUGUGCUGAUGAUUCCAAUGAAGUUGCACACGGGACAUCAUCCAAAAUUUUCCAAUAUGGUCUCAAAAUCAUUAUCUGGUUGAUGUCAAUAAGCUGGUGUUCAAAUUAUAAUUUUGUUCACUUUGGUAUGGAUCUUUUAUUGCCUUAAAUUUAUAUGCAAAAUCAAUGAGGUUCUAUUGAUAGGCAAAAGGUAUCUGCGUGCAUUUUUGUGUAAUGAAGAUUGAUCACCACCACCUUGUAGAUGAUACAUUCCUGCAUUUGUUGAGAGAGAUGAUACUCCAUUCCUCCAUUUGCAUUUUGCUGAGAGAUGCGGCUGAUGGUAGUUGGAGGAGUAAAUUUCAUUUAUGAUCACUUAACUUGGUGUCUAUUAUACGAAAGUUAUUUUUCUUUCAUUUAUUAUACAAAACUCAUUUAACAACAAUCUCAUUGGAAAAAUGAUGUCGCAAUUUUAAUUAGUUCUUAAUUUUAAUUUAAGUGUGUAUAAUAUAUAUACUAUUCAUAUCUUGAUCCUUUUUAUAUGUGCACAAUUCAAUUUUUCUUA